CACUGUCUAUUUUGUUGACGUUUUUCUUUUUAUGUUUUCUUUUCGAUCGAUUGGUAAAUAAAUGAAAGAUUUAUUAAACAAGGGAGUGUUUAUUCUGUUAGUAAUAGAAGGGUAAUAUAUUAAUAGCUAAAUUAACAGACGCCACGCAAUGACUUCGGCGUCGUCGAGUAGUGCUCGAUCGUUGUUUGCCGAAUCUAAACAGCGCUUAGCUGAAAGAGUUCAAGUCAAUAUGAACAACAUUUCGUCUUUGACUCGCCAGAUACAAAGAGGAUCGAAGUCUAAUGAGCUUCUAUCAAAAGCGGCCAGAGAGAUGGCAUCAACUGAACAUCAGAUGGAGACAAGUGAAGAGAAUCUAAAGAAGAUGCAACUAAUAGCAGUACAUAUGGGUUACCAGUUCGAAAAUAUACAGAAAUCUGCUCAAAUGCUCACUGAGAUUGGAGAAAAAGUUAAUGCUAUGCAGAGGUGAUAGAGCAUAGACAUCCAAUUAUGUAGUAUUUUUUUUUAAUUGUAAUAGUAUAACCAGUGAUAGCAUUUUACCUUUAGUAAAUAUAGAAAUGCUGCUUUGAUUGUGUCUAAUGAAAUCAGCAAGGAGUUUUAAACACAAAUAUUUAUACCUAUUCAUAAUAAUUAAAGAACAAUAGGUUGCGGUCACCGGUGUCCUCGCGGUGUGUCCUCCUGGCGGUGACACACAAUUAUUGUGUCAGUUCUCUUAAACAUAUGCUGAAUAUCUUAGAUGAAAUACAUCUAUGUUACAAUUUGAAAUGUUAGUAUUUAUAAUUGUGAAUUCAGUUAUAAUUAUAUUAGCUAAAGAAGGACCUUAAACAAUUUUUAUGUCACAAA